AUGCCACAAGUGGUGUUUGGAAUAUAUGGGACUUCAAGUACUGGAGAUGUGUCAUGAAAAGGGAUUACGAGUGUCCAGAUAACGAUAUAAAAUUUUAUUUAUAUACACAUGAUACUGCCCAAAAAAGACUGAGAAUUGAUGUAAGAAACAAAUAUUCUUUAAAAUAUGCCGGCUUUGAACCUUCAAAGAAAAAUGUAAUCAUUAUUCACGGAUUUAAUGGAACCGAAAGUAAAUCACCUAUUACCACGUUAAGGAACGCUUAUCUAACGAGAACCGAUUAUAACAUAUUUACCGUAGAUUGGAAAAUCUUAACACAAUUUCCAUGCUACCUAUCGGCAUUAUCUAAUACUAGGCUUGUGGCUCAGUGUACGGCUAAAUUAUAUGCAUUUAUAAUGGAUCAAGGAGGCGAUGCAACAGAUACAACAUGUGUUGGUCAUUCUUUAGGGGCCCAUAUAUGUGGAAUGAUGAGUAACCAUUUACAUAUCAAACAACAUAAAAUUGUAGGAUUAGAUCCAGCAAGGCCUCUAAUCGAUCGUUAUGCCAAUAAAAAUUUCAAACUCACCAAAGACGACGCAUAUCAGGUACAAAUUGUUCACACAAAUGCAGGAUUUUUAGGUGAAGUUAAUCAAGUUGGACAUAUCGACUUUUGCGUCAAUGGAGGACGUUUGCAACCAAAUUGUAAAGGAAACAGAUUGCAUCGAGCAAGAUGCAGUCACUUUCAAAGUGCUUGUUAUUUUGCCCAAACAAUAAAAUUUGAGAAUUCCAUGAUGGGAAGACCGUGUCUUGCUAGUUGUCCAAAACGAACAUCUAAUUGGGGAUAUUUGCCGGGAAAACCCAUCCCGAUGGGACCAGAAACACCUUUUGGAGUUUAUGGAACAUACUGUGUGCAAACAGAUACCCACAAGGACUGCCCAUUUUUCGACUAAUUUAAUAAUUUAUUUUAUUUUAGAU